CGUUCGUUCGUCAGUCGAGUUCGUGGAUCUUGUCAGUGCGGUUGUGCGUCCGCGGAGAGCCGUGCCUGUACAAGACGACAGUCGGUUUGCUGUAUUGGUGUGCGAAGUGGAGGAAAGUGACCACGCGAUCGGUGCGAAAAAAGCGAAAAGCGGCCAUCGGGAAACGGAGAAAAAUAUCGAUUUGGUGUAAAAGUGCUUGCCACUGUGAUCCCGGAAGGUGCGGAACCGCAGUUUGCGUCCGAAUUAUCGUCGAUUGCAGGUGGAAUAAAGUGCAAAUUGCGCGAUCUCUCAGAAGGUGUGAUUUCCUUUCCGAUAUGGGAUUCCUUUCGUGGGUGUAAUCGUGAGUGGCCUCUAUAUAUCCUGAGUGGCCUCAGUGCAUAUCGUAUCGAAAAGUGUGUAGUCAAGCCAAGAGGCCAAGGGGAAAGUGUCGGCGGUGAGUGCCCUUCUCCGGUUCAGUUGCGGUGUUUACUUGCUGGUGUCUUUUUCGCUGGAUGUGUUCCGGUGCCAUCGUCCUGCUGCCAGUCCUAUCAGUGUUGUCUUGUUGGAAGUAAUAAAAAUAUCAGCUUUCAAGCUCAUUGUUGUGCGGCGGUAACCGUAAUCCGAGAAAGAAAAGAAAGCAAUAAUUUACCCCGCCAGCUAGUUUCCCGGGGCGUUCCUACACGAUGGAUCUGCUGCACACAGUCACGGACACAUUUUGGUCGACCAAAGUCUGGUUGCCGCCGAACGUCACCUGGGAGGAUAUCAGACCGGGAGUGCGGCCGGACGUGAAUCAUGCCGACUACCGGCACCUCGUCUAUCCCCUUCCACUGGCGGCAAUCAUCUUCGUGAUAAGGAUUUUCGUGGAGCGAUACUGGAUCGCACCAAUCGGCAAAGCCAUUGGCAUCAAAAGCACAGGGCCCAAACCUCCCAUACCAAAUAAAGACCUGGAAGCGGCGUACAGUGUCAGCAGCCGUCUGAAUCACAAAAAUAUCGUUAAGCUCACCAAGCAAACCGACUUGAGCGAACGGCAGAUCGAACGGUGGUGGCGCCGGCGGAGAGCCCAGGACAAGCCAACCACGCUGGUGAAGUUCUGCGAAAACUCGUGGCGAUGCAUCUACUACACGUACAGCUUCAUCUUCGGAUGUAUCGUCAUGUGGGACAAACCGUGGCUGUGGGACAUCAAGAACUGCUGGUACGGUUACCCGCACCAAUCGGUCACCAACGACAUCUGGUGGUACUACAUGAUCUCGAUGGCCUUCUACUGGUCGCUGACCGCUUCGCAGUUCGUCGACGUCAAGCGAAAGGACUUCUGGCAGAUGUUCGUCCACCACAUGAUCACCAUCGUGCUGAUAGCGCUCAGCUGGGUGUGCAACCUGCAUCGGGUGGGUUCGCUGGUGCUUCUGGUGCACGACUGCGCUGAUAUUUUCUUGGAGGCCGCCAAGAUUACGAAAUACGCGCAGUACCAGAAGGUGUGCGAUACCAUCUUUGCCGUCUUCACGGUGGUGUGGAUCAUCACCCGGCUGGUGCUCUACCCGCGAAUUAUCUACAGUUCAUCGGUGGAGGCGCCUAGCAUAUUGCCCAUGUUUCCCGCUUACUACAUCUUCAACACGUUGCUGAUUCUGCUGCUGGUGUUGCACAUCGGUUGGACCUAUCUAAUCAUUCAGAUCGCCGUGAAGGCAAUCAGAUCGGGACAGAUGGAAGGUGAUGUCCGCUCGAGUUCCAGUGACGAGCUUUCCGACAGUUCAGAGAAUGCCCGCCCCAUUGUGGCCAACGGUACGCCCAAGAAGCAACCGCGACCAUCGCCGAGUAAGAAACCCGCAUCGAACCCGUCGUCACCGAAAAAGUAAGCACACGUCCCCCCAUAAAUGUAUGUACCAGCAACUGCUAACGGACACUGCAGCUACCAAAACUGCAUCUAUUUACGUUUUUACACUGGCAAAUACCGUAUAACUCUAGAACUGGAUUAAGCUAAAUAGGUACAAGAAGAAGGGACGAGUAUUUGCUGUUCAAUAAGUGGUGCGGAUCUCUGGUUGAUGUGAAAGUGUAUCCAAUUUAUUUAAAGAGGUGAAAAUACAAUCUGUUGAUGAUCAAAAUUGAUGUGAGUUUGUGGAGGAAGUGUGAAGCGAGAAUUUAAACUGCUACUGCAAAUGUCUAGAAUAAAUCACUGAAGAAAUAUUUUAGAACCGUCUUUUGCUAUGGAUAUAUAUUUAUUAAUUUAGUGGAAGAGGCAGAGCUAACUAGAGAGAGAGAGAGGGGGCAGCAAUGGAACCGAAAAUGGGAACUAUUUUAUUCGGUAUUAUCUCCGUGGGCAUAGUUCACGGCUAAAGCUUAGGCGAGGUAAUCUCUUUAGAUAGAGAAAACGAAAAACAAAACUAAAGGUGGACUAAAAAGUCGGAAAGCGGAAGUAACGUCGAAUAUCGAGGCAAAGACUUGAUAAAAGUGUCCUAGACCGUUCAAACCAAACUACCACGUUAUGAAUUUUCGCUUUUAUUACACAGCAACAAGGACAACAACAUUCCCGGUCUCGGAUGUUAGUUUUCGUUAACUACACAAGGAUAAGUUUAUUUCAAUUUUGGAGCAUUGUCUUGGAUCUGUGAGAAAGGUACGCACUUUUCCACUCGAAAUACUCUUCUGAACCCAAUCAAUCAAAAGUAAUCACCAUCACAAACUUCAUUCGCAAUUUUAACUCAUAAAUAGAUAUCAUAUUCAAAAACAAAAUCGAUCCCCAUUAUGAUAAGUAAUCAAACAAUCAGCAUUUUGCUUGCGGUUUAGAAACAAUAGAAGACAGUUUAACGUUGAACGACAACUUUAAAAACACUCCAUAUUUCAUCGUCCUUCCUUUUAAUAAGAUAUAGUGUAACCGAUUUACCAUCCAAGGUAAAUGUCAAGAUAUUUAUGUUCAGAUGAACAAUGUAGUAACAGAAUCAAGUAACACAUUAUUACCAUCUACGACUUAGGGAAACUGCGUCAUUUAUGGCCGAUUUUCUUUUAUUUCUGCUUCGAACUAUUUUAUUUGUAUAGGCAAAUCAAGUUCAAGCCUCAGGAAUGGAAAAGAGAUCUGCCUUAGUGUUUCUAUUCUCAUCAUAAGAUGAUGAGGGGUGAUACCAAUUUUGCAUGCUUUUAGAGCCAAGAACUCAGUAAAUCAGUCGCUAUGUAAAAAUUUGAUCCGCCAUUUUGGACCUCCAAGUCAUCAUUUUUGAACUGCGAACAAAGAUCGUUAACCACGAACAAAGUAGGGUUUUGUUCAGUUUCAUAUUCAUAAUUCCGCAAUUUUACUUUUCUAUCAAACUGACGAUUCUUUCGUUUGGCUUUCUAAUUUUACUAUAUCUUCAACUUUCUGUCCAUUGAACUUCUGUCAUAGAUUCUUCAAAAGUAAGUUACCUUUUUUGUACACAGACAUUCACUUAAUUCGUCAUACUGAGUUGAUUGGUAUAUGUGGGUCGACCCUCCGAGCCUUCCUUCAAAAAUUAGUUUUAAAGCCUUUCUCUACACUUUGGUAUACGAGGAAGACAUAAAACGCUUUCAAUCAAUCCAUGACGAGAAUAGACACAAUAAAUGACACACAAAACCAUGAGUUACCCCUAAUACACAUACAAAGGAUGCCUUUUCAACUGAUUAUCCUUCGAACAAAUAUGUUGUGUUUUCCAAUUUAGUUAUUAUUUUUUUCAACGAAAUAUUGUUACUUUUGCCUCGGCGCUAAUCAAAGAGCUACGUCACAUAUUUUUACCUUCCAAAGAAAAAAAAAAGAUAAGAAAUCGUUUAGAUGCUAAGAUUGAAGAGAAAUAUACGUGAAACCUUUGGCGCGUGUCAGCCGUUGUAAUCAACAACUGAAAGGUGUAGUUUUAGUAAGUCAUUGAAAAAAAAGAUUGUUUUUCAAAGUACCAGCCUAGUGAGUAAUGGUUAGGACUUUGUAUUUAAUCGUAAGUGUUAGGUAAAACAAUGAAAUGUAGACAAAUACAAGUCGGUGGCUUUUCGGAUGCGGGAGCAUCCUUCGGCAAGGUGCGCGCAGCUCUUUAUUGUUUCUGCAUUUAGAUUCGUCAGAAAAGCUAGAUUGGAUAUCCUUCUCCAAUCGCAGUUUUGCCGUUUACCAUGCUUUAUAAUACCGUUUUUUUUUGUUAGGGCUCAUUAUCGCUGCAUACAUUGUGACUAGACUGUCUGCUAAAAGGAUCGUUUUUGCUUUUGUUUGUCGUUUGACGCAUAAUCAUUAGACACAUUUUGUACAUUGGUUGAUGAAAAAAAAACUAUCACAAAUUUAGGUAACGUUUUCAGAAAGCAAAAUGUUGUUUGCGAAAGAUUUCAAAAGUGAUUAACCUUAUAAAAUCAUUCACAAAAUGCUAAA